ACAAGAGCUUUAACCAGAGUGAUCACUACAUAUCUAGUGCUAACUAAACAUGGUUUCUCGUACCAUCUUCUGUCUUUCUGCCUUCCUUGUGCUUUUGGUUCUUGCUACUUCUGCUUCUUCUUCAAAAGUACUAUCUCCACAUUACUAUAACCAUGUGUGUCCCAAAGCUUUACCAGCUAUCAAACGAGUUGUGGAGGCUGCAGUUUACAAAGAAAGACGCAUGGGUGCUUCUUUGUUGCGUCUACACUUCCAUGAUUGUUUUGUCAAUGGUUGUGAUGCAUCAAUUCUUUUGGAUUCAACGUCCACCAUUGACAGUGAAAAGAAUGCGUUGCCUAAUAACAAUUCUCUUAGAGGAUUUGAAGUUAUUGACCAAGUUAAGUCGGAGGUGGACAAAAUCUGUGGACGUCCAGUGGUCUCAUGUGCAGAUAUCGUAGCUGUUGCAGCCCGGGACUCCGUCGUUGCGCUAGGAGGGCCAACAUGGGCCGUCCAACUAGGAAGGAAGGACUCAACCACAGCUAGCAGAGACAAAGCCGACAAUGACCUCCCAUCACCAUUCAUGGAUCUUCCUGCCCUAAUCAACAACUUCAAAAGGCAGGGUUUAAAUGAGAGAGACCUUGUAGCUCUCUCCGGAGGCCACACUUUAGGGUCAGCACAGUGUUUUACGUUCAGAAACAGAAUCCACAAUGAAAUAAAUAUCGACCUUAAAUUUGUUAAACAGCGCAAAUCAACAUGUCCACUCGUUGGAGGUGACUCGAACCUUGCUCCUCUAGACCCAACACCUGCACACUUUGAUGUUGCAUACUUCAACAGUUUGGUGAAGAAAAGAGGGUUGCUUCGCUCUGAUCAAGCCCUCUUCAACGGUGGCUCCACAGAUGGAUUGGUGAAGGCUUAUAGUUCAAAUGCUAAGGCUUUUUGGGCUGAUUUUGCUAAGUCUAUGGUUAAGAUGGGGAAUAUAAACAUUUUGACUGGAAAGCAAGGCCAAGUUCGUUUGAAUUGUAGGAAGGUGAACUAAAUUGUUGUUUGGACUGCAAAAAUAAUUUUUUAUUUACUUUAUCUUUUGAUCAAUAUGCAGGGAAUCGUCUUCUUUAAUUAUAAUGCUACAGUAAAUUCUGUGUUUUAAUUUAUUCAUUGUAAUUGUGUCAUCUCUCUUCUUUGUGAGUGAAUUUAGACUUGCAAGGAAGAUUGAAUUGUUUGCGUAGUAUAUUGAUUUCAAUUGUAUUAAAAAUGUAAGGUUAUUUUGUUGUAUUAAUUUCCAAUGAAAUUAUUUUUUUUUAUUGGAACCAGAAUUUCAAUUUGCAUUUUC